UGAUUCCGCCACCGACCUUCCAAACCGCUCUUCGCGAAGGGCUGCGCGCUAUCUCGCCAAGAGUGAGACCCUCCAUGCCCAUCUUGCUCAGGACAGUCGUUGGUUCGAGCGGUCCCAUGGAUUAUCCUCGUCGGUAGCAGUUGGAACACAGCAUCCCACCCGAGCCGGCGCAUUCGUGCUCACUUCAAGAUGGCACCGAACAGCGCAGCGAUUGCAAACCUGCUAAGGCAGACUGUUUACUACCAUCUCGACAGCCUCGCUUACCAGAAUGCUCUCUUCUUUGCCGAACGGCUGCAUGCACAUGACCCGCGCUCCCCCGAAUCCGCAUACCUGGUUGCGCUCUGCCACUUCCGCCUCGGCGAUUCCCGGUCGGCAUACGAAGUUAGCAAACCGUUCGGCUCACGAGGGGUUCAUGUAGGGUGUUCCUUCAUCUUGGCGCAGUCGUGCUUGGAUCUGGAACGGUACAAGGAUGGGAUUACCGCCUUGGAGAAAGCACGGCCGCUGUGGAACCCAAAAUGCACUGUGGGUAGGCACACAGCCUCGACCCGCGCUCCCUCCCCUGAUGCAGCCGCUGUCUGCUGUCUGCUCGGCAAGCUGUACCGGGCAUACGACGAUAAGAAGAGGGCAGUCCAGUUUUUCGAGGAAGCACUAAGAGCCAACCCCUUCAUGUGGGAUGCCUUCACGACUUUAUGUGACAUGGGCGUUAAUGUCAGGAUACCGAACAUCUUUAAGCUGGAUGACUCCUUCACUCGCACUUUCGACCAGGAACUGGGUGCAACACACGCCGAGCUUAAUGGCGGCCCGCCAGAGCCGCUUCAGAAGAAGACUGGCAUACAAGCUGUCAGCCAGGAAAGCGAUCCUUUUGAGGGCUACCGCUCUACAGCGUUUCAGGACAUAUCGAGCAAUAAUAUGUUGUUCGCCGAGCCUAGCGAGAACGACUUGGUGGCUAAAUUUGCCGUAGUUCAGCCCAGGUAUACGGCGAGCCAGGGGAACAAGAAUGGGCAUGAAGGAACGGACACUGUGACUGGCGCUACCAAUUACGAGAUACAGACGUCGCGCAAUGGUUUUGGCGCGGAGGCACCGCUGGCUCCCACUAGACGGACGCGGGGCGGUCAGGCAGCUGAAUCAAGUCUUAUCGACGGGUCCUCGAGAGUGGGCUACCGAUUGGGAUCCAAAAAGCGGGAAAGGGCUCAGGAUCAGCCCACGGAGCUCUCAGAAACGAUGACACGAGGGCCGACCCUCUCUCUGUCAGCAACUGAGAGGAAGCGCACAGCAUCGGGCCAACCCGCCCAGCCACGCCUGCUCAACGGCGAGGAACCUAGGAGGAGCGCUAGGCUCAAUGUGGUCCCUAGGACGGCCGCUUCAAGAGCCAACUCGAGCGCCAACGUGAAUGGUGUGCCGGCGACCCGCGAACUGAAGAAGGCUAGGCCCCCAGUCUCCCGGAUUCUGCGCCCAGGCUCUAGUGGAACGAGCGUUGGCCGGGUUGUCAGCGGCAACCGGAAGCCUCUGGAGGAAAACAGUAUGGACGUCGACCAAGCUGAAGCACCACGGGUCAGAGAGCAGCCUGUUGUGCAAAUUUCUCUACCCAAACCAGUCGAGCCAGAGCCGGUGAGGGUAGAAGAGGGAUUGAGGUGGAUCCUGGAUCUUUUGAAAAAGAUGGCAUCCGGAUAUCUGCUCUCAUCGCAAUUCCAAUGCCAAGAGGCAUUGGCUGCGUUCUCUUCUCUCCCACGGAGCCAGCAGGAGACGCCAUGGGUGCUGGCCCGGAUGGGCAGAGCACAGUAUGAGCAGGCUAAUUACGCAGAGGCCGAGAAGUACUUCAGGCGGCUCCGAAAACUCGCUCCAGCACGCCACGACGACAUGGAAGUCUACUCGACCGUUUUAUGGCACCUCAGGAAAGAGAUUGAUUUGUCAUUCCUGGCGCAUGAGCUCGUCGAUUCCGUGUGGGACUCGCCACAAGCUUGGUGCGCGCUUGGAAAUGCGUGGUCCCUAGCUUGUGACCACGAGCAAGCACUGCGGUGCUUCAAACGAGCUAUUCAGCUCCACCCAAAAUUCGCCUACGCCUACACAUUGCAAGGACACGAACACGUGGAAAACGAGGAGUACGACAAGGCCCUUACGGCAUACAGGCACGCCGUCUCGGCAGACAAACGGCACUACAACGCCUACUACGGUAUUGGGAAAGUCUACGAGAAGCUGGGCAACUAUGAAAAAGCAUGGAGUCACUAUUACGCCGCGUCGGCGAUCCACCCGACGCACGCCGUCCUCAUUUGCUGUAUGGGAACGGUGUUGCAGAGGCAGAAGCAGAUUGCACAGGCGCUGCCCUAUUUCAACAGGGCCGUUGAGCUGGCCCCGCGGGCGGCCGAGAUCCGGCACAAGAAGGCCCGGGCGCUGCUGGCUACCGGGCAGUUGGAGGAAGCGCAGCGGGAGCUCAUGAUUUUAAGGGACCUUGCGCCAGACAAGGCUCAAGUCCAUUUCCUACUUGGCAAGCUCGCCAAAACUCUCGGAGACAAAAAGGCCGCCGUCCGCCAUUUUACCAUCGCCCUAAGUCUGGACCCUAAGGCGAGCGGGCAAAUCAAGCAGGAGAUUGGAGGACUUGAGGAUGACGAUUGUUUGAACGACUCCAUGAUGCACUGAUGCUCGCGAUUUGGUCAUGACGUCUGAAUACGAACGUUAUCCUAGGAUGCCCUACGCAUGGACGGACUUGGUCGCGUUACGGAUGAGCUACUUAGCUUGCGCUUGGAGGUGCCUAGUGAUCCCGGCUCGGGAAAUAAGACGGAGGCCCUACUGGAGUGGCGG